AUGGUUCAGAGAAUCAGAUCCUGGACUUGUGACUUUCAGAUUCUGACUUAUCAUGAAAUUCUCAUGAGACUCCUGAGAAGCGGCAACGGGCGGUGGCUCCUACGUUUCCUCCCUUGGUGACUAUGCUAACAUCACUUCCAAGUCGUUUCGGAUGGGUCGGAUUGGGUGCUAUGGGGUACCCAAUGGCGAAUCAACUUCGACAGAAGUUACCUGCGGGAUGCGAGCUAUGGGUGUUUGAUGUAAACGAAGAGGCGACCCAGCGGUUUGUCAGUGAGAGUGAGGGAUCUAUGCCGAUAUCAAUAGCACAGAACGCAAGGGAGGUUGCUGAGAAUUCGGAGUGUAUGAUUUCGAUCGUGCCUGAAGGAACCCAUGUCAAGCAAGUUUAUCUUACUCCAGACACAGGCGCUCUGAGCGCGAACACGGCAGGAAAGCUAUUCGUAGAUUGUUCUACUAUAGAUAUUGAAACGUCCCUAAUAGUUGGGGACGCAGUGGAGAAAUCCAGCCCAGACGCACCGGCUUUGUUUUACGACGCGCCGGUUUCUGGAGGAACCAUAGGAGCUGAGAAGGGUUCGCUGACCUUCAUGGUCGGAACAUCCGAGGAUGAUCGCCUUUUUCCAAUUUUGAAGCAGCUUUUCAGCUUUAUGGGAACGUCCGUAUAUCCCGUAGGAGGGCGCAGCCUCGGAUUGGCAGCAAAACUCAGCAACAACUAUCUCUCGAGCAUGGUGACCCUUGCCACAGCUGAAGCCAUGAACUUGGGCAUGCGUUUGGGUAUCGAUCCCAAAGUACUGAGCGGAUGCUUCAAGACGAGUUCCGGGGGAAAUUGGGUUAAUUCAACAGUCAACCCGGUACCAGGAGUUUGUCCUGACGCUGUAACGAGUAGGGGUUACGAGGGGGGAUUCAAGAUCCAAUUAAUGAAAAAAGAUAUGGGUCUCGCGAUCGAGGCCGCGAAAAGAGUUGACGCGAGACUAGUGUUGGCAGACUCGGCCUUGCCUGCAUAUACUGAAGCUUCUGGCGAUCCUCGUUGCAGAGACAGGGAUGCCCGUGUCAUCUACAGAUGGCUGGGUGGUAUGGAGCCUGAGAUCUGAGAUCUGAUGCAAUGUGCUGGUGGAAUUGCCUGGCUCGGCGUCCGCGUGAAACUAAAAUCCAUUGAUAUGCGUUUAUAGUCGUCUAUACAAAGACAUGGGCACGUUAAAAUACGGGGAUAUUAAACAACCUUGAGAUUGCGCUAACAAUGGAGUUGUCGGUUAUAGACCGACCGGUUCCUUCCAAAAGAGAAAACAAUCCUACCAAGUACACAAGACCUGUAGGAAGGAAAGUGAGUGAUGUUCAAUAGGAAAAGAAUCGACGUUCGACGUUCAGUCCCGAAAGAUGGUAUGAUUGAAGGCAGCAUGGCAGUUGAACCGCUAGCCAUUCAAAGAUAAGAUAUACAUCAUGGUAAAGAAUGAGGCUGAAGAGGGAUGAAAAACUCACAAAAAGUAUCAGAGACCACGUCGACGAAUGGGUGAGCGGGGAAAAAGAGAAACUCGUGCGUCUUAGUAAAC